UGCUCUUCACCUCACUGCAACACCUUCACACUCCUGACUGAAACAGACUCUCUGAAGCCAGAGUUCAAACCUACGAAACAGAGACAUGGCCUCUCGAGUUGCAGCUCUGCUAUUGCUGGGUGUCCUCUGUGUUGGGUUUGCAUCAGGUGAGAUUGCAGUGGACUGCUGUCUGAGUGCCUCCAGUAAGCGUUUGCCCCUCAAAAUCAUCGAAAGCUACACCAUUCAGGAUGCUGGGAAGGGCUGCGAUGUCAAGGCUACCAGGUUCCUAACAAUAGCUGGAAGAACACUGUGUGUCUCCCACCCCGACGAUGCAGAAUGGGUGAGAAAGCACAUUGCUGCUCUGGAAAAGAGAAAACUGAGACAGCAAUAAGUCGGGUGUAAAGAGGAGCGGAGAAAAGUGAAAAGAUGGCUGAAAAUCAAGACGGACCGACUCUAAACUGAGAGCUGAAGAAGCCUGAACCCCUUCCAUUUCUGCUCAGAGCCUCAGAAUGGCCAUGUUGUACUGUAGAAGAUCCAAACAUUUUGAGAAAAUCAAACCUGUAAGAUCAUUGAAGAAUCAUCACUUAUGAUGAUUUUAUGAGCCGUCAGUGAAUCAUAGUGUAAGUAUAAGUGGCUAAAUAUACAGUUCUGUAUGUGUUUAUUUUGUGGUGGUGUAAAAAACUCUUUCCUUUUUUAUUAUUUGCCUUGACUUGCCUGGAACUAACAGUGACAGUGAAAUCAAUCCUGUUGUUUGUUUGUUUUGUUUUUGUUUUUAUCAUAAGACUGUGAGGCGUUUGUGGAACAUUUCACUGAAUGUUUGACAAUCUGUGUUUAUCUUUUAUGAUACAAUUUUAGAGCUGUUUUAAUCAAAACUUGUAAAAUAAAAUAUUGAUUUAAGUAUGUGAAAACUAUUGUUGAGAGUUAUUCUAAAAUAAAGUUUGAUAU